GGGGCCUCUAGAGUUGCUGGAGGGCGGCGCCGAGCCCUGAGGUCAACACCAGCUGUGCCCUGCGGUAGUAGCCUGCAGACCAUGGCUGCUUCGGCCACAGUCCUGCAGGCACUCCACAUAACUUUGUCAUCCAUCCAUGUCUCUGGCGCCUCCCGGGCAGCAUCCUCCCGAAGUUGCGCGGCCCUGCGUCCACCACCCCUUGCACACACCCUCAGCCAGCAGCCUGUGCGCCAUGGACGCUCCCAGCGGCGCCCCGCGGCCUACCAGGUGGUGGAGGCCGCACAGGCGGACAAGCCGCGCGGCAGGAAUCCGGCGGUGAACCUCAGCGGCGGCGGCAGCAGCGGCGGCAACCCCGCCUGGCAGCCCCUGGUGGCGGCUCUGGACAGGCGCCAGCCUGAGGCUGCCUGGAAGGAGUUCAUGCGGCUGCUGGAGCAGGGUAUCCUGCCGCCCAUCGCCGUCUGCGACCGCCUGAUCUAUGCCCUGUGCGGCCGGCGGCGGUUCCAGGAGGCAUGGCGCGCGUACGCCGCCACCACGCCCGCGGGGUACAGCCUGCAGUACAACACGUACCAGGCUCUCAUCACCCUGGCGCUCAAGGCCGGCGACCUGGAUGCGGCGGUGGAUGCGUUCCGCGACAUGCAGGCGGGCGGGCGGGCGGCCAACGUUGUCACCUACUGCGGCCUCAUCUCGGCGCUGGGGCGGGAGCGGCGGCGGCGCGGCGUGCGCUACGCCCAGACCGCGCACGAGCUGUGGGGGGAGCUGGCGGGCAGCGGCACGCAGCUGGACGCCGCCGCCUUCCGCACAGGCCUCAAGGCGUGCGUGGAUGUGGGGCGGCUGCGCGAGGCGGAGCGCCUGCUGCAGCGCAUGGCGGCGGCGGGGGCGCCCCCCGACGUGCGCGCAUACAACAUACUGUUGGCGGGGCACGGCCGGGCGGGCGCCACGGGCGCCAUGGCGCGCCUCAUGCAGCGCAUGGCGGCGGGGGGGGUGCAGCCCAGCGCCGUCACUUACAACACCCUGGUGGACGGGUAUGUGCGGGCGCGAGACCUGGCCGGCGCGCGCGGCGCGGCGGAGCGCGCCGCUACGGCGGGGGUGGCACUGGAUGUGUGGACCUACAGCACGCUGAUCAAGGGAUAUGUGCAGGCGGGCCAGCUGGCGGCGGCGGAGACGGUGCUGGGUGACAUGGCGGCGGCGGGUGUGCAGCCCUCCUGCGUCACCUACACCACCCUGGUGGAUGGACACGUGCGCGCCGGCGACAUGCAGGCAGCCCGGCGGCUGGUGCAGGCCAUGCGCGCCGCGGGGCAGGCGCCCAACGCCCUCACCUACAACACACUGCUGCGCGGCUACGCCGCCCAGGCGGCCUCCGCCUCGGCGGCCGCCGCGGGCGACGGCGGCGGCGGCGCGGCGGCGCCCGGCUCGGUGCCGCCCGCGGGCGAACCCGCCGCCCUGGCUGCCGCGCUGGCGCUGCUGCGCGACAUGCAGGGCCAGGGCGUGGCCCCCACCGCCGACACCUUCAACACCCUCAUGGCGGCGGCGGUGGCGGCGGGGCAGUUCCAGCUGGCGCUGGACCUGGCGGGCCGGCUGGCCGCCGCGGGCCUGCGCCCCGACGGCCUCACCUACACCACCCUCAUCCAUGCCCACGGCCGCCUGGGCCAGGCGUCGGCGGCGGCGGCGGCGUUUGAGGCGCUGCUGCGCGACCGCUCCGCGGCGGCAGACCUGCGGGCGUACAACGCGCUGGUGGACGCGCUGGCGCGCAACGCAGACAUGCCGGCGGCGGAGCGCAUGCUGGCGUCCGCCGCGGAGCUGGCCAGCAAGCAGGGUGGGUGGGUGCGGGAAGGGCGGAGGGCGGAGGGCCGGGGGCAGCGAGGGUAG